CUAUUGAUCAUUGAUGUUCAUGAAUCACUGCUGCCUGACUACUUUCACUUAAAAAUGUUGGAUGGCAUGAUGCCAUGUCUAAUGGUGGGGAACAUUGGUUACUGGCAGCAUGUGGGAUCAAGCUUGCCACAGCAGGGUAUGGUGUGUUUGGGAUUGAUUAUGAGGGCCACGGCAAGUCCAUGGGUGCCAGGUGCUACAUCCAGAAGUUUGAAAAUCUUGUGGCUGACUGCGACAGGUUCUUCAAGUCCAUCUGUGCCAUGGAGGAUUACAGAAACAAAAGCCGAUUCUUGUACGGCGAGUCCAUGGGAGGAGCCGUGGCUCUACUGCUGCACAGGAAGGAUCCGAUCUUCUGGGACGGUGCUGUCCUUGUAGCGCCAAUGUGCAAGAUAUCAGAGAAAGUGAAACCACACCCCGUCGUGAUCACCCUCCUGACGCAGGUGGAAGAGAUCAUCCCGAAGUGGAAGAUAGUCCCCACCAAAGACGUCAUCGACUCUGCGUUCAAGGACCCUGUGAAGCGCGAAAAGAUCAGGAAGAACAAGCUCAUCUACCAGGACAAGCCCCGGCUUAAGACAGCACUGGAGCUGCUCAGAACAAGCAUGGAUGUGGAAGAUAGCCUGUCAGAGGCUUAUAAAAGACGAGGAGAUCGAAUUCAUGAGAGGCCAAAGGAACUUGGUCGCCGACUCCUGAUGAACGGGAACGGCUUCGUGGUUGCUGCGGUGCUCAGCGGUCCGCUCGUUCUCUACUUCAAGGUUAAGCAGGCCGGCGGUGUCAUCCGCCGGAUCUGCGCAUUUCCGGCGAGAGCCCAUGGAUGCAGCCGGCAGUCCCUCUCGCUUGAUGUCGCCGCUGCAGAGGUGGAGGUUUCUUGGGCAAAUUUACUCAAUAAUUGA